AUGCCAGCCGCAAAACGCCGUAAAUUGAGUGCCAGUCAGGAGGAGCCCGCCGCUGGUUCGAGCAACACGCGGCGAGAGAUAGAGAAGGUAGCGGAUCUGGUACAGCUAGACACUUGUCAAAAUACUGCAUCCAAAGACGACGAGACUCCCACCGAUCAUAAUCCAGAGACGAAAACCACAGAGUCCAAUUCAACCACCCGAGCAGUUCCACCUUCCAACACGACGAGCAAUUCCGACCGGCUUUCUCGCUUUGCCGCCUUAAAGUCGCGAGCAUUGGCAUCCUCGAAAUCCAAUCUGGCAGAGACGAAAGCUGAAGCCCAGCGCGCGGCGAUCGAUCCCUCCGUAUUAGCCAACCUCUCUCGGCGCAGCGCCAUCGCUUCACACAACCUACUUAAAGCGGACACGGAGGAAGAACAUGGCGAUGGGGCAUUCGAGCGAAAGCGAGCCUGGGAUUACACGAUGGAGGAGUCGGAGCGGUGGGAUGUGCGGAUGGAGCAAAAGCGACAAGCACGUGAGAACGUGCUGUUCCAAGAUUACUCGACCGAAGCCGGCAAGAUCUACGACAAGCAGAUGCGGGAGCUAGAGAAAGCGGCGCGGAAGGACGGGGGCAAAGCUCGGGAAGACUACGAUGCUCAGAAGGCCGAGAUCAUCCAAAACGCCGCUCGCACAGGCGGGCUAGAGAUAGUCGAGCUGGACAACGGUGAACUCGUCGCCAUCGACAGGGAUGGCCGCUUCUACGCCGACAACGACAGUAUUGGGUUCGUGGAGCAGAAGCCCAAGCGUGAAAAUGUCGAUCGUCUUGUUGCCGACUUGAAGAAGGCGGACGAGAUCAGAAUGAAGAAGCGGAAGGAGCGUGGCCGUGAGGAUAACGAGGGCGAUGUCACGUACAUCAAUGAGAAGAACAAGCAGUUCAACCUCAAGUUGGCCCGUUUCUAUGACCGGUAUACGACAGAUAUCCGCGAGAGCUUUGAGCGAGGAACAGCAAUGUAA